AUGCCUUCUUGCACAGGAGACUGCAAAUCCUCACACUGCGCUGAACUCCAACUCCCCUGCUUGUGCUUCUCAUACACCCGACUCGCCUCUACUCCUCAUACAUUGGCACACUUCUGCAAACCACGGACCCCACCGCGCCCCGCCGACACGGAACCGCGCCCCACGGAGAACGUGCGCGCCGUGGUCGCCCUCAACGAGGAGUACGAGACCCGGUUCCUCUGCUGCUCCGCCCAGGAAUGGGAGGCAAUGGGAGUGGAGCAACUGCGUCUCAGCACCGUGGAUCUAACUGGAGUCCCCACCUUGGAAAACCUCCGCAAAGGUGUAGAAUUCAUACUGAAACACCGAGCCUGUGGUAACAGCGUCUAUGUGCACUGCAAGGCAGGACGCUCCCGCAGUGCCACCUUGGUGGCAGCAUAUUUAAUUCAAGUGCAUCACUGGAGCCCUCAGGAAGCAAUAGAGGCUAUUGCCAAGAUCCGUCCUCACAUCCUCAUUCGGCACAAGCAAGUCCAGGUCCUGGAGACAUUUCACAGGAAUAUGCUCACUAGGACAACUGCAUAGUGUCAGUAAGAACUAUCAAAAUCUCUGUCUCAGCUGCUUUAAAAAAAUCCUUAUGUUUUAAUGAUCUAUUAAAGACUUAAGCGUUGUAUUUCUUGACCAUCAAUAAAGAAGUUUUUACAUAAAU